AUGCUCUGGACCCCUUUAUGCGUGCUGCUCUUUACCCAUCCUUUCCGCAUUCUCGCUCAAACAACCGGAGAUGACAUUCCCAUUGUCGAAGUAUCAGACGGGCGCAUCUUCCUGCCCAGCGCUGCUAGUGUUGCCGGUGUCUGUUCGACAAUCACGACCACGAUCGGCAACACCGUCGACUACAUACCGGUACCUUGCGCCGACGUAGCUCAUGCCCCCAUAUGGUCUGAGAAAGUCCUUGUCGAUGGAACAACAGCCGAGAUAAUCAUCGCUCCUUCAGGCAAUGUUCGAUUCGCCUCCAAGGCUUGGCUUGAUGCCAACCCGCCGAGUUCGACUCGCCCCGCCAGCCAAACCCGGUUCUCCACAAAGGCCACAGCAAGUUCCACGGCUAGCGCCUUCAGCAGGGUCGUUCCGUCUUCUUAUAUCAGCCUGAACUCUAGCUCAGGUGUCUCGACGUCUUUGUGGGGAGCUCGUUCAAACUCCCCUCCUACAGCCACCCAAACGAGUCUGUAUCUCUCAAACACAAGUCAGGGCUCCGUCGCCAAUAAUUUGUCAAUAAGCACCGUAUCAAGCUACCAGAACACAAGUUCUGGCUCAGGCAACAGAAGCACAUCAUUGCGCACCGGAUCAAGUUCGCUUAAAUCAGGUGCCACCUCCAUCUCCGCCAAUCUCACCUGGAGUUAUCAUCUACGUGUUCACGGCCCUUCAUUGACAACUCAAUCAACCUUAUUCGGCUCGGAUUCCGGUACUCUCACCUCGAUCAACGCUAGCUCGGGCUACAGCGCCUCUUCAGUGACAAGACUUGUAAACUUAGGUCAGAACUCCAGUAGUCCGCAGCUAGAAUCAAACCCCAGCAGCUACUCCCUUUCGUCGUCGUUAAUAAGGAGCAUCUCUACUUCCCGGGGUAGCCAUGAGCCCGCGACCAAUGCACCAUCCGCCCCACCGACAGAGGGCUUUCCAAGUACGACAACCAGCAUUCGCAUCGCCUUGGCCGCUACAUCUCUGACAGCAUCGUCUUUCCUAUCAAUUCCAACCAUCACGCCGCGGCCAAAGUCGUCGGCUUCCGCAACCGGCAAUUUCACCCCACCCAUAUCCUCUGACCUCGACGCAUUCGAAACAUCAGGUCCUUCACUGAUCACACUGAGCAUGAGUGGCCAAUCCAUCACCUUGACACGGCAAACCAUGCCUGGCUUCGAAGACUUCACAGGCACGACAACUGUGACAACUUCAGAGAUGACGACCAACUCUGCUGGAGUAGUAGUUUGGGUAACUGGUGCUGUGAUAAUUGGUACAGAUGGCAUAUUUUGGGGACUCUACCUCGCUUCUCUAGGCACCAGAGGCUUCUGCAUUUGGCCUUUCUGUAGCGGCGGCGGGAUCUGCAUAUGGCCAUUUUGCGGAGGGACUGGCGGUGGCGGCGGAGGAGGACACGACGGCAUCCCAAAAGACGAGGGCAAAAAAACGCUACCGGAUCCAAAAACGCAGGAAGGAAUGACACGAAAAACGUCCGACCCAACCCCCACCACCGUGCCAACAUCAACCACCGCGCCAAAAUCAACCCUCCCAAAGUCGACCACAGCGACAACCACAGCCUCCGACACCGCAUGCCCCCUCUUCAGCAUCCCCACAGAUUCCCUAACCUUCGACGACAGCCCCACCUGGAAUCCCAACGACCCAGAAUACGUUGGCGACAUUGUCACUGCCGCUUAUGCCAUCUGGCGGAUAGAUACUGGGAGUGGAUCUGAGAUACUUCCGCCUCUGCCAACCAACACGGGAUAUGGAAAUGCAGUAUCGAUCGACUUCAUACCUAAUGCUGCGAGUGGUGGUGGAAGUUCGACGAACGGUCCGUCGUCAACGGCGACUACUACGCCAAUGUCAGGGGUGUCGAACAGUGCUGUGGUAGCUGCUAGUGCUGCGCUCAUGGCAUCGAUAAUGUCAGCCUCUAGCGCGAGUGUCGCUUCAGUGCAGAGCGUCGAAUCAGUCCAAAGCGCAGCAUCCGUCGAAAGCGUAGCUGCAGCCCAGAGUGUUGCCCUUGUCGAGAUCAUUGCUGCGAUCCAGAGCCAGGCUUCGAUCAACAGCAUCGCCUCAGCGCAAAGGGUAGCCUCCGUGUCCAAGUCCAGCGUCCUCUCAGUCGCCAGCGCCGCUUCAGCGCAAAGUGUAGCCUCCGUGUCCAAGUCCAGCGUCCUCUCGGUCGCCAGCGCCAUCUCAGCAGCAAGUGUCGCCUCGGUCCUCAGCGCCGCCUCCAUCGCCUCCCUCCCAACGCCAACCCCCAACCUCGCGGUCCUAAUCAUGCGCAACGUCAACUGCGAUGAUACCAACUGCGCCAGUGACGGCUACGUCUACGACGUCGUGCCGUCUUCCCCCACCGUCUUGAUAUGCUCCAACCCACCGUAUAUUCACUAUUAUUCAUACCCUGACAACGCACCCGACGACGUGCAGUUUUACGCCAUCAACAGUGGGACGUUCACCAGUCAUGGUGUGUAUACGAAUUGUCAAUAUCAGGGUACUAGUGUUUCGUUUGGGAUAUUUGGCUGCGAUCAGGUGGAGGCCGUGUUUUGCAAUUUGCCGACGGAGCAGGAGACGAGCUGUUCGAGCACACACGAUAUAUAUGAGGAUGAGUGGGAACCUGUUGCUUACUGUGAAGUGAGUCAAUACCAGCGAUCUGUACCUGAAGACCACAUUAUCAAUGCUGACAAUUCUUUGCUUGUAGUGGGUCGGUACGACGCCUCAAAGCAAACGACGGUUUUCGCGGUACUCUAUGUAAUAUUUUCAACCGCAAGUGAGAAUUAUACAGAUCCAUCCUUCUCCGUGGACAUCCCAUCACUCUUGUGA